CCUGGUUCUUCUCGCAGUUGAGAGGCAUGGGUGCGGCGAACACCAACCCCACGGCAGUGGAGGCCAAGAACCGCCUCCGCCUGCUCCUCAUAGGAGCUGCGCCGACAGUGGCCGCCGCAACCCACGAUGACCCGCGCGAGUCCGGGGCCUCAGUACUGCUGGAGGAGAAGGAGCCGACUUACCUGAGCGCCACGACGCUGGACCUGGACCACGAGCCGCCAGUGGAGCCAGAGGUGCCGGACGCGGACGUCACCGCGGUGGAGAACCUGGUGACCGCCCGCCAGCCGUGUCCGGGACCCGCAGCCAGCGCCGGCGCCGCCCCGCCACCUGCAAGCCUUCCCUCUGGAGCAACCGGUGUCGCCAGUCUCUCCAGGCAGGCGCUGGCGUACGUCGCGGGGUACGUGGCCGCUAAGUGCGCCACAGUGGACAGCACGCUCGGCAAGAUCACGUCCGAUGCCAGCGAGGUACCCCGUGACGAGCGCUACGCCUGGAUUGACACCCUCAGCCGCGGCGGCCUCACGGUGCCCAGCGCGCGGUGGCUCGAUGAGGUUGAGCAGCUGGAGGUGCUGUUCACCACGAUGCACGGAGGAGAUGUCGACCGCGGCCCCGGCGUCGUUAGGCGACUUGCCGAGGCUGCUGCGCUGAAGUUCCCGCAGCUGCAUCCAUACGUACUGAGGAAGUACGCUAUGACUAGGACGCAGCUGCGGGUACGUGAGAUCCGGCGCCUCAUCGGCGACAGAGAACGUCUCCGAAAGGAGCAGCCUACCUGCAGCCGGGAGGCCAAGCGUGCGCGCCUGUACGUGCAUCCUGGUGAUUAG